AUGGCGGCGGGGGCGCCGGUGCCGGUGCCGGUGCCGUGCGGCGAUCACGGGCCGCGCUGGGCGCUGCCGCUCCGCCCGCCGCUCUGCCUCGCCUGCGCCGUGGAGACCCUGGGCGACGGCAGCGCCUCGCUGGUGCGCAAGAAGCAUGUCCUGUCUCGUCUCCAGGAUGCCCUGGCCUGGCAGGCGCUGCCAGUCGUUCAGCUGCUGGCACCAGACGAAAGGGUGUGCAUGCACUUGAUAGGAACUCUCUUUGGGAUGUUGCAUUCUGUGGAAGACAGCAGUGCCCUGAACCUACUAGUUGAAGUUCUGGUGAGGCUUGUUGUGGAGCUGAAGUCAGAACAGUACUUAUACUGCAUUUUGGAUGAAAGUCAGAAGGAGCUGUGCAAAGCAACUACCAUGAGAAGCAGCCUGCCCACAUUUUCUCUCUUGGGCAAGCUGGCAGAUGCCAUCCCAGGCUUUGCUGAAAUGCUGGUGGUAAAGCACAAUAAUUUAGUGGAUCAUCUGCUGAUGGGCUUGACAUACCCAAAUGAACGUAUAAAGGCUGCUGUCUGCUACUUGUAUGGCAAGCUGUACUCGUGUGCUGUUGGCACAGAACGGCUCUCAGGACACUUUGAAGAAAGGCUGUGUGGUGUCUUCUUGAAUACUCUGGGGUGUGCACAGACAAAGGAGCUGCAGAUUAAUUGUUUGGGUUUGCUAAAGGAGCUGUUGAAAUCUGACCAUUUUGUAUCUAUUUUUAUGAAUAAUUUAAAGACAGAGGAGGAGUCUGAGAACACUGACUUCUUAGAAGGCGAAAAUCCACUGCCACUUGUUCUCAAAAAGCUCUUGUUGACCAGAGAUGAAAUGUUACAGGCAGCGAGUUCUCACUGUAUGGCUGCAGUGCUGGUUCACUCUCCUAGCAGAUAUGCUCCUGCUUUUAUCCAUGCUGAUGUCCCAGAGUUCCUCUUUGAGUGUCUCUUGUGCAAAAGUGAAGUCCUCAUCUGGUCAGUGUACUGCUGCCUGCUCCUCCUGACUGAAGAGCGUCUUUUCUUCUCCAAGUGUCAUACGGUCUAUGGCAUUGAAUCUCUGGUGAGGAGUCUCCAAGGUGUUCUGCUGCUGAACAAUGUGGAGUUGCACAAACAAGGACUCCUGCUCUUCACUGAAAUACUGAAACGGCAACCAGUGGAAAUCAAAUUAUUUACAAACCGAGGUGUAUGUAUAGAAGCCAUUGAUGUUUUGAUGGAGACGGUGAACUGCCCAGUGCUGGAGGUGGUGGUGGAGGCUGUGAAAGCUGUGGCUGCUUUCCUGAGGAAGGACCAUCUGAGCUCCCCUCCAGUCCCAUAUGAAGAACUGCAGAAGCUUCUGGAGGCAGUGCUGAAGCGAUAUGCUGACCUUUCCCCACCACAGAGUAGUAAGAGGCAUGCAGGUGAUCUCCUAUUCUCAGUGUCUCAGAGUCACCCAGCAAACAGAAAUCUUGGUAGAGCUCCUCAGAGACAGGGUCAGUUCUUGCUCAAUACCCUGGAAAGUUUCAGAAAUGCUUGCAGGUUAGCAGUGGAAUUCCAGGGUGACUUCAUGGCCCAAGAGAAUGCUUUCACUGCCCCCAACUCUGAGAGCAAAGGCACACUAAGCAACUUUUCUGAGUUCCUGUUGAGGAUUUGUGACAGUCUCUGCAUCCCCAUGGUCAUGAGCUAUCUGGAAAGGGCUGUCAGCCCGUCAGUGACGGAGGUUUUCAUCUCAACACUCAAUACCCUCUUUGCAGUGGUGCCAAGCAUGCGGAAUAAGUUCUCCAAGAAGCUGGCAUCUUCGUCCUUCAUCCGACUGACACUGGAGCUCAAGGCCAGGUUUUGCUCUGUACAGAGUAAUCCUGUCCUGAAUCACACCUGUUCCAGCUUCCUCUGCAACUUAUGCCUGAACCUUUACUCAGCCACAGAGAAGAUGAGAACUUCUUCUCAGGAGGAGCAGGAGAUGUCUGAGCUCCUGCAGAAGGGUCUGCCUCAGUUAAACUACACCAUUGCUGAAAGCCUUCUCCUCCUGUCUGAAACUCCUGAGCCAUUCUUUUUGGAUCAGUCUCUUUGCAGCCACCAGCACUGUUUCCUACUACUCUUAUACUUUGCCUACACCUUCGGGGAUAGGUUUGUUCCAGAUGCAGAAUUAUUUCUAGCUGUAAGAAAUUUUCUCCUGUCAGCACAGGAUCAUGGAGACUGUCCCCCUCCACACAUACUCAGAGCUGCACUUUACCUCCUUGCUGUCUGUCAGGACAAAGACAAAGCCCUGGACAUGAGAUCUUUGUCUACCAUAAGACGGAUCCUGGAUAAUCUUCCAGAUCUGAGCUUGGUCUAUGUCCAUUGUCCUGUCCUGCUGAAAUUCUUCCUGCACUACCCUGAACUCAUGGGGAGAUGUGGACACCAAGUCCUCCAACUCUGGUUUUCCUGGGAAGACUGCAAGCAGACUGAGGUUGAAGAAGCUGAUUUUGGCUCAUCUGAUCAGCUGACCAGUGCUAACCCAUUGCUUCCCAUUCUGAAGAGCAAUUCCAGCAUUUUGCUUAUUUUACUGGACCUGGUCUGCUCAAGCUCUGUGGAAGUGGCUUGGAAGGUGUUGAUGACUCUAAGGACCUUUCUGGAAAGAAAUGAGGAUGUUCUUGUCUGUGAUCUGCUUCGGAGCCGAUUUUUACAGAUUCUGCAGCAGCUUCUGGUAGAGAGCAGCUCAGCCACCCUACAAGCUAACAGGAACCUGCCUAUUUUGCUGAACCUUCUUUUCCUGGUGCAGCUGCGAAGCAAGGGCAUAAGGGAGCUGGACAGCACAGACUUCAAGCUGCUUCACCAGGUCUGUAAUCUCUGUGGGAAAUGCAAGCCAAGGGACACUGACCUCCUGCAGCCAUCCUUGAAUUUUCUGUACUGGAGCCUUCAUCAGACAACACCUUGCAGUCAACAGAGAGCAGUGGCUGUGCUGCUCUCCAAUGUGUCCUUGCUAGAACUCCUGCAGAAGGUUUUGGAAUGCACCUGGCUGUGGUCCUCUCCUUCCAGACCUGCCUGCCUGUCAUCUGAGGAUGCCUUGCUGUGCUCUGGAUGGCUGUUGGUAGCAUCCCUUUUGCUUUAUCAGCAUCGCUACAAUACUGAGGUUCACCAAACCCUCUCUGUAGACCUUACAGAAGUCGUGAAUGCAGUCAUCUUCAGGAAUAAGAAGCCAGUCCUGCUGUUAGUGAGCAUCAUGCAGUUCCUGAGAGCUGUUCUGCGACAGAACUUCUCCUCCUCCCUGCUGGUGAUAGCUGGCCAAAACACAGCCCCAAGUGCUACUCAACCACAGCCAUCAUCACUGCAGGACAGUGCCUUGCACCCCCUUGCCAUGCAGCAGGUCUUCUCUCUUGUUGUCAGUCUGCAGAACCUUCUGGUGCAUGUCCAGUUGCAGAAAGACUUGCCGCUCUCUCAGGCAGUGGUUGCCUGCCUAGAAACCUUAGUGGAAUACCUGUAUGUGAAGAACCAGGAUGUUGCUCUGCAUGUUGCUUCACAGCCAUGGCACCGAUUCCUGCUCUUCACACUACUCAGUGGGGGCCAGAAGUCCUUUCUGCAGCCAGAAGUUCUCAGAAUGAUGACUUUGGCUGCAGAGGCCAACAUGGAUUUUCUCAUCAUCUGCCCCUUUCUACUGGCCUUGCUGCUGUCCCAGGGCAGCUUCACAGACCUGGAGAAACAGAGAGUAGACUCUGGCUUGGAAAUCUAUAAGAAGCUGUUUGAGGUGAAGCGCAAGGACCAGAUGAAUGCUCUGAAGAACUUGAUUGAGCUCAAUGACGUCAACCAGCAGUACAAAAUCAUUGACAUCAUGCUCAAGGGACUCUUCAAAGUGCUGGAGGACUCCCGUGCUGUCCUCAUAGCUGCUGAUGUGCCUCCUGAUGGGCCCUUCCCUCAGGAUGAGAAGAUAAAGGAUGCAUAUUCUCACGUGGUGGAGAACACUGCCUUCUUCGGGGACGUCGUCCUGCGCUUCCCCAAGAUUGUGCACCAUUACUUCGACCGCAACUCCAACUGGAACAGCCUCAUCCGCUGGGGCAUCGGCUUCUGCAACCUGACGGGUGUGUUCGAGCAGGGACCCCACUCCCAGGUCCUGCGGCUGAUGGCUCAGGAGCUAGGAAUCAGUGAGAAAUCGCCCGAUUACCGCAAUCCCUUUAAAACGGACCAGUCAGAGUUUUUCCCCAGUGCUGACACCUUUCAGAAGGCGCUGCGGGAUGAGGAGAAGAGGAGGAAGAAGGAAGAGAAGCGGAAGGAGAUCCGCAAGGGCCCACGCAUCUCCCGCUCACAGUCGGAGCUGUAGCAUGCUGGGACUUGUGCCUUGCAGUGGAGGUGACACCACUGAGACACAGAGUGGCUUGCUCCCUUUUUGGCAGCUUUGGGCCGGUGCCUGGCCAUUCCCUUUCCAUUUGUGCUGUGGGUUUUGUUUUGUUGCCUUUUGUUUCUGUUCAGUGAAGGUUGCGUGGUGGUGCUAGUUGCCCCGAAGGGGCUAAAGUGAGAUACCCCUUCUGCAGAGGUAAAGCACAGACAGGACAACACUGGAGCCAUCCCCUGGUCAGGGUGUUGCUGCCUGUGGGGAAGUAGGGUGUGGGGGACACAUCUCUGGUGGAGCCCAGGGAACCCUCCUCACUGCAGCACACCCCACACUGAAGAUGCCUCCUCCAACACGGGUGGGCUGGGGCGUGCAUCACACCAAACAGCCUCAUGAGCAAUGCUGCUUCUCUCAGUUUUGCUUUUUGUUUCGUUAAACGGGUGAUCUCAUUGGCACCCCCCACUGGGUUCUACCUGGUCUCUGCACAGCUGCUACCUCUGCCAGAUCAGACCUUCCCUUUUCCCAGCGGCUGUUUCACCGAGCAACAUGUGUUUCAUUGUCCAACGUAGUUGAAAAUGUCAAUGGCAGCUGUUCCUGGCUGAUGGCAUGUUGGGGCCUCCGCAAGUCAUUCCCACAGAGAGGCAAAUGCCCGGUGAAUUUUUGGACAGUUUGGAGGAAUUUUGGUACUUGGCCUCUUUGCAGCCAGUGGGUGGCUGUAGUGCAAGCAAUGCUGAUGCUGAAGAGGCUGGGGAGCCAGCCCUGAGCCACUGAGAGCCUGUCCUGCAGCCAUCCCUUCUCUUUGGGGCUCAUCCUCUCUAAAUGAGCCCCCAAAGCCCCUUGUCAGGGGGCAGCCAGAUGAGGGCAUGUGGUGAUAGCAUGGCCAAAAUAGGGAGGGAGCCAACUUGAGUGGCUGCGACCCUCCACCAGGUGUCAGCUGCCAUGGGGAACAGAGCACGACCCGACACAGCCACCCUGUGAUUUGUCACCUAUGCUGAUGGCCUCGCACCAGAGCAGGCUCUUGCUUUCCCAAGGAGCUGGUUUGCUGUGUCAGGCUGGCAGCAUCACAGCCUUUGAGGAAAGGGAAACGUCCCGGGUUUUUUAACAGCAGAGCCAAGUCCCUCCAUUGAGGGGAGGGGGUGGCAAUGGGCGCAGUUGGUUUUUCUUGAAUAAAAUUAACUUUAUUAUUUUUUUUAAGUAGAAGAA